AUGGCUAAGGAUAGAGAAGCCCAAAUCACUGUUUGGUUUAACCUUACAUUUGGUCUGUUCAUGAGUUUAGCAUUUUAUUUCAUAACCGUACCUACUAACAAGCAACUUGCAAUCAAAAAUACCAGUAAUGAUAUCAAUGAUUCGUACAUCUCUUUAAGGGUGGUCUCUGAAAUAACUUCACAGAUUUUUGGUAAUGCGGUAAAAAUUACAACUUAUUCUGCCUUUAUUACUUUCAUUGACGUAAUACUUAACGUAGAUUUUAUGAAUUAUAAUGCAACAAAAUUGAUUAAGAAAGAAAGAUAUGAGGGUUUUUUGUUGGUUUUUAGAAUCCUUGUUUUUGUUGGUGUUUUGCUUCAUUUUGGCUCGGUGAUUAUUUUGACCAGUUUUUUACAUGCCAAGGAUUUAACUAUUAACUUCCACCAAUAUUAUGCUCUUUUCCCUUUCGUUUUUGGAUAUCCUUUGCUCUUUAUUGUUAUUUUGUUAACUAUUAUUCUUAAGAUAUUCGUUAGGAAGUUAUUUAGAAAGUCAGUAUCUGGUAAAAUUCAAAAACAUCAAUAA